AUGGCCAACUUAUUGUGCUAUCUUACAGGAAAAAAAUGGGGCAUGAACAGUCAUACAUUAAUAAACAUCUAUAGGCAGGUAAUAGAACCGAUUUUACUAUAUGGAGCACCAAUCUGGGGACAGGCAGCUACAAAAAUCCAUAAUAAAAGAGCAUUACAAAAAAUUCAGAGAAUUAGCUUACUCAGGAUAAUGGGUGCUUAUCGGACAGCCCCAACAUCGGCUCUUCAAGUAAUUGCAGAUAUCCCACCAAUACAGUUAAAGGCUAAGGCCUUGAUGGCUUCUUGGAAGUUAAGCAAUCUAAAAAUUUCUGAAGAUAAAGAAAAGGAAAUCCAGACUUAUUUUGAAAUUGGAAUUCUUCCCAACUUAGAAGUUGAUCACUUCUUUACAUCUACCAUAAAAUUUUCAAACAAAUGCAGAUUUCAACCACAAUUACAUCCGGCCUGUUUUCCCAACUUUAAUUUGGAAGAACAGAACCCAAAUAACAGCACGACUCAUAAAUUAUACACUGAUGGAUCUAAACAAAACAAUGGAGUGGGAGCAGGCAUAGUGCACCUUAAUGUCAAGAAAAAUCUCUUUAUAUGUCAAGAGGAAUUCAAACUUUAUAAACUUAGCACAGUGUAUCAAGCCGAACUUUAUGGAAUACUUAAAGCUCUUCAGUAUACUAACAAAAUAAACUAUCUAAAAGGAAAACAUAUCUGCAUAUGUUCAGACAGUAGGGCAGCACUUCUCAGUAUCAUUAACGGCAACCAAAAAAACGAUCUUCACUGGCAAAUAUCUAAGGAACUGGCGACUACCAGAAGUAACAUUACGCUCCAGUGGACGCGUGCUCAUGUUGGUAAUACAGGAAAUGAGGAGGCAGAUCGCCUUGCUAAAGAAGCCGCAAUUAAAGACAUAGAGCCGGUUAUCCUUGAGAUCUCCACCAAAAACAUUAAAAAUGUUAUUCAUCAGACAAUGUACUCAAUGUGGCAAAGGAUCUGGGAAGAGGAAACAACUGGAAGAGCUACAUAUUGCUUUCUGCCAAAUAUUAAACAAAGGAGCCAACUUCAACACAUUAAAAUAGACUAUAUUACAACACAAUUAUUGACAAACCACAGGAACUUUAAGGCCUAUCUCUAUAGGUUUGGCCAUAGCAUUACUCCUACUUGUGAAUGUGAUGGCACCUCUAAUCAGGAUAACAAACACUUGAUAUACNAAUUUACCACCGAAAAUUUAUAA